AUGCCAUUUACUCAUAAUCUACCUUCUCAGUCUGUCCGCUACCUACCCACAAAUGAAGCUUACGACCGAUGGGCGAUAGUUUACGACACAGAUGGCAAUUUCUUACAGGCGCUAGAUACUAUAGAGCUUAAGAUGCUGUUCCCAAAGUUCCUGCUAUCUAUCAUAUCCCCCAGACCAUGGCGUGUUGUCGAUCUUGGCUGUGGCACGGGCCGAAACACUAUGUUGCUUCUCGAUGCCCCUAACGUUGCAGAGGUUAUCGCACUAGACUCUAGCAGAGGCAUGCUUGAUGUCGCAAGAUCACGAUUACAGAAGGAGGGUGAUGCUGUUGAUAUAUCAAUUAAUAGCCUAUCGCGGACGGGCCCGAAGCUGCAUCUCGAAGUGUUCGAUAUGCUAACUGCGUCAUCUCCCCCAGUUGUCGCACAGCAAGCAGACGGAGUGAUAUCUACCCUGGUUAUUGAGCACAUACCUUUGCCAAAAUUCUUCUCUCAGGUCUCGCAAAUCUUGAAGCCGGGGGGUGUACUCCUACUAACCAAUAUGCACGAACAAAUGGGUGCGAUUAGCCAAGCCGGGUUCGUGGACGCUAAUACGGGCGAGAAGAUUCGGCCGACAAGCUAUACGCAUGUUAUAGCUGAUGUAAUAGCCGAAGCGAAUAAAUAUGGAUUUGAUGUUGAAAGAAUUGGUGAAGGAGAAGGAGAAGGGAUCCGAGAGAGGGCGGUGGAAGACGAUAUGGUUGAAGGGUUAGGACCUAGGAGUAAGAAGUGGGUGGGUAUAAUGUGCUGGUUUGGUGGCUUAUUUAGGAAAAGGAGAGCUUAG